AAACCGUUAUUCUAGACUGUCAUAAAUCUGUAUUCAUGAUGGUCCAGGAAUUAAGAAUGAUGACACUGGUUGCAAUAGGUGUGGUUGUCAUCGCAACGCUGUCACAAUCUGCGUCUCUCACAGCCCCGCUCUCUGUAGAAUGGUGUUUUACGCGGGGUGACGGGUACUACCAGAAUCCAUACGACUGUUACAGCUUUGUCCGGUGUGCAGGGGGGAUUAAGUACGAGUUCGACUGUCCGGCAGGGACACGGUGGAAUUUCGCCAACAACACAUGUGAUCACAUCUACCAAACACCGUGCAACACGACCAACAACGUGCGAACAACUGCCGCUCCGACAGGUUCCGCUCCGUACUGCCCCCAGGAUGUUGCUGAUGGUUACCAGAGAGACCCAGCAGAUUGUAACCUCUUCUACCGGUGUCUCAACGGGGUGCCCUAUAGACUCAGGUGUCCGGCCGGCCAGUACUACAUCUCAUACGGCAACACGUGUGGGAGCUUCGAGGACCUUAGUUCUAAUGACCAGAGCUACUGUUCGGCAUUGCCACAAACCACUGCUUCUCCUAGCCCUGUCGUACCUGUGUGCCCCUCUGGAGUGCCAGAUGGAAACCAGAGAGAUCCCACAAACUGUGGCCGGUACUACAGCUGUAAGAGCGGAGUUCUCUCCAUUGAGUUCUGUGAUGUCAACACGUACUUUAGUACCGUUUGGGGGACCUGUGUGCCGUUGAACACCCUGACCCAAGCCGAGAGGGAUUAUUGCUCGGGUGUUCUUACCACAUUAACGCCAACUACGCCACCAUCGGCUCCACCCUGUCCUGCUCAGGUACAGAACGGUACCCAGAGGGAUGCCAGCAACUGCGGUCGCUACUUCCGGUGUGUGGGCGGCACCCAGACCCAGGAGUUUUGCCCCCAGGAUCUGGUCUAUAGCCCCGCCUGGGGUGCGUGUACUCCAUUCAACUCUCUCAGUCAGGCGGAGAAGGACUUCUGCGCGGGUCUUACCACGGUCCCACCACCAACCACGCCCACACCUCCUCCAACCCAACCAGUGCCCGUUUGUCCACCCGAAGUGGUUGACGGAAAUCAACGAGAUACCACGAACUGCGGUCGUUAUUACCGAUGCAGGAGUGGAGCCAUCUCCUUUGAGUCCUGUGCGCAGGACCUUUAUUUCAGCCCUUCCUGGGGAUCUUGCGUUCCUUUUGACACCCUGUCCCAGACGGAAAAGGACUUCUGUGCCACGAUCCCAACAAGAAUUCCUGAAUGCCCCAAGGAUCUGACCGAUGGGUUUCAGAGGGACCCUCAGGAUUGUCACCGAUAUUACCGCUGUUUGAGCGGCACUAGAUACUCUCUGCAGUGCCCCGCUGGUCUAUACUUUACAACAAAGUCCACCACCCAGCCCUGUGACCAAUUCGAAGAGAUGAGCGCCAGCGAUCAAGGUUUCUGCGCUGCCCUGGAGGCUGACGCUGGUCCUUCUGACGUCUAUUGCCCUCCGGAUGUCGUGGGCUUUCAGAGAAAUGGUAACAACUGCUCCCAGUACAUCUGGUGUGUGAACGGCGCGGCGUUCCUCAGGCGGUGUGACUCGGGUCUAGUGUACGUCACAUCUCUACAGCGCUGCAGCAUUUUUAACGACCUCUCCACCACAGAUAAAGCUUACUGCUCUGGCGUGGAGGUCACGACACCUGCGCCUGCUGUCCCUUGUCCCCCUAGCGUAUUGUUCGCCCAGGUUGAGCACCCAUCAGAUUGCGGCAAGUACUACCAGUGCCAAAACGGUGUUGCCCGGGAAGUUCAGUGUGGUCCUGGCAACUACUACAGCCCACAGACCUUCCGAUGUGACCCUCCAGAACUGCUGUUCCAACCCCGAUAUGAGCAGUGUUUGGCCAAUCCAAGUGGUCCAUUCGACGCGCUGUGCCCUCCAUCCAUCGAAAGAGCCCCUACCGUCGAUCCAACAAACUGCAGACAGUAUAUCCUGUGUGCGUAUGGUACAGGGUCUCCGAUUGGCUGUCCGGAUAACCAGUUCUUCAACAUCUUGACCAAUAAGUGUGGAGAUUUCAGCAGCCUUCUGUUGAGCGAACAGGAGAGAUGCUCAGCUCUGAGAGUACAACCGGUGACGUCACCUCUACACAGAUGACAACUGAGGCCCCUACUACUACCACCGGCUAUUUGCCAUGUCCUGAGGGGAUCGUGUUUGGAAGAGCCGUCGACCCUGACGAUUGCCACAAGUUCUACGAGUGCCGGUCAGGCAUAGAGACCAUCAGGUCGUGUGGAGAGCUGUAUUUCAACGUCCUACUGGCAAAUUGUGGAACUCUCGAAAACAUCAGUCGAUUUUUCCAGCCGUACUGUUUCAACUGAUUUACAGAUACGUGACUUCCUUUCACCUGACCUGUUGUCACAUAAUGCGGAAUGACGUCCUCUUGAUUUCCUGAUACUAUGCGUCAUUUUGUGUGGCAUUCAGGAUUGAUGAAUCUGCAAAGGACAUGGUUUGAUAACAGAAAUGCAACUUAUUAUUAACAAUGUUUAUAAUUGCUACACAUAUCCAGAUUGCUGUCUCUGUCAUUUCAUAAUAGCCACCUUUGAUAUAAUUUGUGAUAUUUACAUUCUUAGUGUUGAACAAGUUUGUGCAAGUCCACUUUUGAGUUCUCACGAAAAUGCGCGUUACUUAUAAAUACAUGAGCACUGGAGUAAUUUUUAUUUUGUUCUUUUUUUUCUAAGUGGAAUAGUUUACUAAGGAAGUAAAUUGACAUGUUUCAUAUCAUCCAUGUUUAAUGUUUUUCUGUAAUCUACAUGUAGUUUACUCGAGAAAUUUUUAAACUCUACUCUUUAUCUUUGAUGUUCUGUUUAUAAUAAAACUAUUAUAUUUUGUAGGCGCA